AGAUGUCUCUCUUGGCGAUUAAGUACCACCGUGGAUAUCUGGAGAUAUUAAACCAACUUCUCCUUCCUCAUGAGUCGGUGUACGAGGAGAUUUCCUGCGUUGAGGACGGUUGGCAAGCAAUUCGAUCGAUGAAGGUGAGAUUUUUCCGGGGGGCAAGUUUCUGUGAAGGACUUGUUUUUCUUUGCUCUUUUGGUCUGGCAAAAAAGGCUUUUUAAAUCAUCUUUUUGUGCGUGAAUAGUGCAGGUUCUCGUUAGCUUUAGUGAACUUAAAAGAAGAAAAAAGAAGAACGUGUUUGGUUUUGAAUAAGGUAAAUAAAAACGGGACGUAAACUGUGAGGGUAAUAGCCAUGCCUUUGAUACACUGUAAAUGUUCCCCCCGGUCUCCCCCUCUUAACACGCAACAGCUUUGGCUCAAAAGAUAAACGCCGUGUUCUUGAAAAUAGUUAAGUUUAUAGCGGAGUUAAUUACUAAAUCAAAGCUUCGUAUUACUGCCAGAAAUGGUGUGGAUAUAGGAAUUAUUACUAUUUCCACACCAUGGAUUUUUUUUAGAUUAUUGCGUUAAACCUGUAGAAUAAAAUGCUUAUUCAUCUUGCUUUAGUGAAUGGCUAUGUACAAACUUUUGUCUACGUGUCCCAUUUUUGUCUGACGUCUGCAUCUCCAAGGUGCGUUUUGAAACGUUUUUAACGUUUUGGGUACGUUCCUAAAUAAAAAUUAAUAUGCCAUCUCAGUUUUCAAUUCAGGCAAUUAAGGACAGAACCUGCAAUUGUCUUCUAUCUUGCAAGGGGCUAAAAGUCUAUUUAUGAACUGCUUUUAAACCAGGAUCUUCAUGUAAUAAGUACUGUAUGUAUGCUAACCAAGUGAAUGCAAAAAAAGACAAAUUUUGUGCUGCAUGUGCAAAGAGAGGGAUUGCUAGUGAACUUGUACAAUUCAGUGUCAGCUUCAAGGAAACUGUUUUCCUUUGUGUCCAGCGGGAUUGUUUUUUCCCAUUUGGUCAUGUAGACGUUUCCUGCUUCUGUGAGAGGAAGAAAUGUAAAGAAAGGGCAUUAUUUUCUGAUAAGGCAAAUUUUGCAGAACAAAUUUGUUUCUCCUCAGGAGGUCAUGAAAAAUAUUUCAACACUCAUGGUACUUCCUUGGAGCAAUGACUCAUCCACCUAAAAAAUGAAAAGUUUCGGCUCCUUGAGAAAGUGGACAGAAAGUCUUCUGGAUUUAUUCCAAUUCGUAGGGAUAAAUGGUUUUUCAGUUGCAGAAGGUCAAGAGUGACGUUUUUUAAACCAUACAUCUCAGCAAAAAGACAGUUGUGCAGUUCUUCCUCAUUAGCAAUUGAAAGCAAUAUUGAUCAUUCAAGUACAUGUAUGCAGGAAGCACAGGAUCUGUCUCAGUGUAACAAAGAACUUACUAGAGAUGAAGAGCAGUUUCUUAUUGAUGUUGUCUUCAAAUGAAUGAAGUGCUAUAUGACAGUGUAAUAAUUGUACAAUGUAUUUCUGCGUGUCUCACGGGGUAACCUGAGUUAUAUUGUACACAAAUGUAGCUAAGGAUAAUUAUGUUACAUGUUAACCACACAGCUACAGUUUGUUUGUGAUCUUUGUGAAAUUUUAUUCUCAUUAAAGACGCACUUUUUCUCACAAUAUUUUUUUCUAUUACUUGCUGAGUAUGAGCUAGAGAAACAACAUUUCUCCAAUUGAACUUUCUCCAAUCUCCAAUAAUUGAACUUUCCAGUAAUUUUAUUUAAAUGGAUUGCGUCGAUACAGUGUAGCUGUCAUAGAGAGGUGGUCAUUAUUAGAGGUUGGAGUGUACACACAUAGUUGAUUCAAUGAAGGUUGCUUUGGACAAAAAAUGCCCCAUUGUCAAAGGAAAGCAAGUUUUUUUUAAUUAGCUAUAUACAGAGUGUUAGGGUGUUAAAUCAAAUGGUGACGAGUCAACUUAUUCCCUAAUUUCAUGAGCAUACCGUUUUGAUUACAAUGCACCUAUUUAAUAAUAUAGUUAUAAUUAUAUUGGUGACAAUUACACUUACAAUUGUAGUUUUUUGACACGUUUAUCACUUCAAUUAUCAAUCGAGAACUCCCCACGCUGAAAAGUGCAGAGCUUGAAUUCUGGCUUUAGUUCAGAAUUUUUCGACAAAAUCACCUGCUCGAAUCCUUCUUGAUGUGCUUUUGGUGUGUUUAGGAAAGCAAGCUUUUUUGAAUUAGGUAUAUACAGAUUGUUAGUAUGUUUAAUCAAAUGGUGACGAGUCAAAUUAUUCCCUAAUUUGAUGAGCAUACCAUUUUGAUUACAAUGUACCUAUUUAAUAAUAUGGCUAUAAUGGUAUUGGUGACAAUAACGCUCACAAUUGUAGUUUUUUGACAUGUUUACCACAUCGAUUGUCAAUCGAGAACUCCCCACACUGAAAAGUGCAGAGCGUGAAUUCUGGCUUUGGUUCAGAAUUUUCAGAAUUGUUCGACAAAAUCACAUGAAAGAAUCCUUCUUGAAUAAUGUGCUUUUGGUGUGUUAUGGUUUUCUGAAGUGUCUUUUAAUGUCCUGAUAUCUUUAUUCUUAACAUUUUUAAACUUUGGUGCCAUCUUGGCACUGAGACUUAUGGAAUGUUGCCAUAGCAAUUUUGUAUUUUUGCUUGUGAAAUCAUAAGUUACCGGUAUGUACACUGUAACUCUGAAAUUUCAUGCAAAAUCAAGGACUGCCAUGAUAUCAUUAUGUUUAUUUCAGGUUCGUGGUGCCCCUGCUAUUGCUAUAGUUGGUGCCUUGAGUUUGGUUGUGGAACUGCUCCAGCAGUCAUUCAGUUCAGUGGAAGAGUUGCUAAAGUUUAUAACAGAGAAGCUUGACUACCUUACUACAGCAAGACCAACAGCUGUAAAUAUAUCAGAGACUGCAAAAGAUCUAGUGUCUUUUGUUACAUAUUUAUCGUCAGUUAAAAGUGACCCUGAGGAUAUCAAGAUAAAAGUCAUCGAGGAAAUUGAAGGAAUGCUGGCAAAAGAUGUGAGCGAUAAUCAGUCUGUUGGCAGGCACGGGGCAGAUCAUAUGGUACAGCUGACAAGCUCCGAAAAGUUGAAAGUACUCACUCAUUGUAACACUGGCUCUUUAGCAACAGCUGGCUAUGGAACUGCUCUGGGAGUCAUCAGAAAGCUAUAUGAACAAGAGAGGAUUGAACAUGUCUUCUGCACAGAAACAAGACCUUACAACCAAGGUUCACGGCUGACUGCUUAUGAAUUGGUCUAUGAGAAUAUUCCAUCCACUUUAGUAGCCGACUCCAUGGUGUCUUUGCUCAUGAAGACCAAGGGAGUGCAUGUGGUUGUUGUUGGUGCCGAUAGAGUUGUUGCUAAUGGAGAUACCGCGAACAAGAUUGGAACAUAUCAGAUAGCUAUAUCUGGUUAGUGCGAGGCAUUGAAAUUAUAUAAGUAGAAAUUUUUCUUUCUUGUGUACAGUGUUUGUAACUCUUACAAAACUAUGCAUGGAUUGAAGCAUGAUAUAUGUUAGUAUAAAUUAGCUUAAAAGUAGACAUGGAAAUUUAUAUUUUUGAACUUUCUAGAUCUUUAAUUUUUGGAAUUUGUUAGAACUAUUGGUACAUCAUGUUUUGUUAUAGUAUAUCACAUUUUUAACUUUUAUUGUAUUUUUUUCCUUUUUUGCAUAUAUUUUUUUCCUUUCUUGACCUAAUAAUAUUGUAGGAACUGUUUUUUAGUAAUGAUAUUGUAAGAACUGAUCAUGGGUUUUACAAACAAUGGGUUUCCACUUAUCAAGAUUAGAAUUAGUUAUCAUCUAUCAAUUAUCUCAAAAAAUAAUUGAAUAACUUGCGUUGAAGUAGUCUCAUCAAUAUACAGUGUAUUUCUGUGUGAAAGUGUAUAAAAGUGUGAUCUGAUUCAAACAUGUUCAAACUGAACUACCAGUUUAGUCUAGAUGCCAUGUACAAUUCAGUUUAAAGGUGCAUAAUGCAUUUCAUUUCCUGUAAUAUUCAAGUUACACCUGCAGAGUGGGACACCCUUUGCUCCUUUACAUGUAUAUAGAGACACAGCUGUAAGCAUUCAUGUAGUGAAUUGUUGUGAGCUGUGCAUGAUUGAUCAAUUUUGCUUUUUACCCAGGCAGUAUUCUAAGAUACACCCUUGUACAUGUAAUACUUGUGUUGACAUGUCAGUACUUAAAGGAUUCAAAUGGAUAGCUUGAAUAGCUGUGAAUUCCAGUCUUUUUUCACCAAAUUAAUAAUUAUUAUGGGAAGAGGUAACCAGAAAAAACUAUACACUACUUUCGUGUAAGUAAUUCAGAUUUAUUGGAAAUAUUAUAAUAGAUAAAUUUAAUCUUAAACUACUCAAAACUUGGCAUAACAUAUUAAUUAUUUCUCUCUCUUUUUUUUCUCUUUCCAGCCAAAUAUCAUAUGGUUCCAUUUUACGUUGCUGCACCCUCUACCAGCAUAGAUUUGUCAUUAGAAAGUGGUGAGCACAUUUCAAUAGAGGAGAGACCUGCCCAUGAGCUGACAACACUGGGCGAUGUUCGUAUUGCAGCUCAUGGGAUUGGCUGUUGGAAUCCAGGAUUUGAUAUUACCCCAGCAGAACUGAUAACAGGAGGCAUUAUAACUGAAUAUGGAGUCUUUAAACCACAUGAACUUAAACAGGCAUUGAUGGAGAGGAUCUAGGGCUCAUUCUUAUAAAAGUGUAACUUUGUUAAGGGUUGAGUUUCUUGUAGUACAUGUCUAGCCGGAUUUUUGAAAACGCACCCAGUGAAAUCAGCAGCCAUUUGGGGGGAAAAGGCUGGCUUCUGCAUCUGAUAAGGCUGAAAAUCAUGGAAAACUAAAAAGAGAAGAGAAAGAAAGGAGGUGAGGAGAAACAGGCAAUGUUUGCACUCUUAUAGUUUUUAAAUUGGCUACUUUGGAGAUACAAUCAUGUAGUACGUGUACAUGUACAUUUGCAGCUUUCGACCAAAAAAAACUGCUUGAUAGAAGAGGUCUUUUCGGGGCUAACGUUUUCAAAUGUCCAGCUAGAUGUACAUUGAAAUGUAUUUUUAUGCAGUCAGUAUGUCGUCUAUGUCGAAUGUUUUUAAAUGUGUGUUGUUUGGAAUUCAGUAUACACGUUUCCACAGUAGACUGUGAAAGUUAGGAUUUUACCUAGAUCCUAAUUCAAGAUGUAACAAUGUAUUCAUCAUGUAACUACUGGGGUAGCGUAAAAUCAAGGCAAUCUGGACCAUUUGCAACCGGGAUCACGUGAUUGACUACCCAACUGGAUUCACAAUCAGGGCACGGUUAGAUCUUGUUGUAGAGCUACAGUUUUCCUCCAACAACUUGCACCCUCAUUACCUUUUCCUUCCUAAAGUCUCUGCCCAAGCAACAUUGUAAUAUUCAGAGCGUAGCAGCACACUGUUGUUAGCCGUGCAUGUUGACUGCUGACGCUCACUGAGGUUUGCACACAUAGAAGUUUACCUUUGUGGGCUCUAUAACAAAUGACUUGAGGAAAGUAUGGAAAACAUGGAAUUGAUACCAAUAUUAUAGAUUUAUUUAACUAUACAUUGGGGCUUGUGUCUACAGUGUGAUGGGUUUCACAAGUCUAAAGUGAAAUUGGUGCUGAAAAGUUUUUGGAGACAAAAGUUGUGGCUUGUUAAUAACAAUUUAUUUAUCAUUGUAAAAGUUUCACAGAGGUUCAGUAUAUAUUCAUUCAGGGAUAAUAGGUCCUGUUAUGAUCUCUUGCUCAUACUUUUGACUUGAGUAGUUUUGCGCGAUGAGAUGCAGUGAAUGUCAUUAAAUACAGUGUCAAAUCACAACAUUUUAGUUUUUUUCUGUGGCUAAUUUACAUUAAUAUGCUUACAUAUAAAAGCUCAAGUUAACCUUAUUAUUAAC